AUGUUUCAGGUGCUUACCGGUACGAGUGUUGCAGGAAACAACGGCUGGCUGACAACCGACGUCGUUUCUGGUGUACCGCAGAGAUCGCCGGCCUGGGGGGCGUACUCAGGUUCAUGGCCUGCGCAGAAGCGCUCCUCUUUUGAAGCGCAAAGUCUCCAUCUUCCGAGCUCCAAUGAAUACCGUCUAGAACCUUCGUGGUUCGGCGGCGGAGCCCGAAAACGAGCAGCCCAGCGGGGACGCUGCCCUAACUGCUACUCUCCGCAGCAAACUACACGCCAAAGUCCGCGUUGUGCAGUCUCCGACGAGACCUACAUGGACCGCUGCAUUCAACUGGCUUUAAUGGCAAGGCCGUCCCCGAACCCCCCGGUCGGAUGUGUGGUCGUCGACCCUGACACAGGUCGCAUUGUCGGAGAGGGUUUCCAUCCGCGUGCGGGCUACCCCCACGCGGAGCAAUACGCCUUGCAGGCGACCUUUACAACGCUGAGGAACGCGUCAUCGCACCAAAACCAGCACCUGGCAGCGACUGUCUCUGAGCCCGUGGCCGCACUACCUGGCUCUGCACGAGGUAUGCAUGUUUACGUGACGCUCGAGCCGUGCAACCAUUACGGGAGAACGCCUCCCUGCACCGAGUCCCUGAUCCAGGCACAGGUGUCGCGGGUUGUCAUCGGUACACGAGAUCCAGACCCCAGAACUGCUGGUUCCGGUGCGGAGCGUCUUCGACGAGCGGGUAUCGAGGUGCAGUUUGGACCUCGCGCAGCCGAGUGCUUGAAACUCUACGAGGGCUUUCAGCAUCGCAUCCACCAUCAGACUCCACUUGGUAUCCUCAAAUACGCCAUGAGUCUGGAUGGUAAAAUAGCGACGGAAACAGGGGAUGCUCGAUGGGUGAGUUCGGCGACCAGUCGACGGUAUGUGCAUGAGCUACGCGCUCGCUGUGAUGCUGUUGUCGUCGGCGCUGGUACGGUACGUCGAGAUGAUCCCGCUCUGACGGUUCGUUUGGAGGAAUCCAUCGAUGUACCUGAACUGGGAUAUGGCCAGCCCUUGCGUGUCGUCAUGUGCACCAGCGCUGCACGAUUGUGGCGAGAUCGACCUGACGCAAAGCUCUGGGAUACAUCAGUGGCCCCGACGGUGCUUGCAGUGUCGUCUGCAGGUGAAGUUUCUUCCUCGAAGGAGCUCGAUGCUGCUGAAAGAGAGGCGAUUCUUGCGUUACGCUCUAGAGGUGUCCAGAUUGCGUAUCUGGAUGCAUUACUUCCCUUGCCGCCGACGCGGGCGCUAAUGCAGUGGCUCUACGACUACGGCUGCACCACGGUACUCUGGGAGUGUGGUGGUACCCUUGCGACGUCAGCGGUGCGCGAAUCAGCUGUCCACAAAAUACUUGUAUUCGUAGCCCCAAAGCUCGUCGGGGGCAGGUCGAGCCCGACGCCGAUUGCCGCUGAUUUGGGUGUUCGCAACAUGGAGGAAGCGCUCGCGCUACGACUUGGUCGGAUGGAGGUCAUCGGAUCUGGGCAGGAUGUGCUCAUCGAGGCGUACCUCGACAGCAACAAGCUAUCGCCCGAUGCGGCUAGCGGCACUACUUGA